AUGCGGCCUAAUUCUGCAACACUACACCAUUUGAGCCUUUAUUUUCAUGUUUUCACAGAUAAUGUAUCCCGAAACCGGGGGUAAAGACACUCGUUCACGUGAAAGACUGGCUAGGUGUGAUCUUUCAAAGAAUCGAUAUGAGAGAAAACAGCAGAUGAACCAUAUAUUCAAACAAACACGAACAUGAUUUAAUAACCCGGACAUCAGUAUGGUAUCGUUACGUGUCAAAAAAAAAAACGGAAUAAGCUCACUCUCCCAAACAAAACGGGUUAUAAAACACAUUACAGAUGCUUAUUUAAUUGAAUUUCACUAUUUGGUCAUUCCAUUUAAUAGAUUUCACUUUCAACACAACAGAUAAAGUGUUUUAUGCAUGGGUGAGUUUUACUUCUACCAGCAGGCGUCACCAGUUCGGAGCUUUGACAGUAACCUUUUACUUUCGCCAGAGAAUGUCGCUCUUCUCUCGCCAUACUUUGUUAGCCACGUGAUCGCACUGCCAAAAACAGGAAACACAAAGUAGACUGCAAGGCCGGUUGCGUCGUCUCAAAAGGGUGGAUUAAAUGUCUUCAGUUACCACUAUACACUUCGGAGUCACCCUCGACACAAAUUUUUAAGGCUCUAUAACCCAGUGAAUCAUUCUCAGGAAAUCUUGGGCUGGAUCUGUCCAGGGCUGAGUUUAACCCCAGUCCAGCCUGACCCCAUCUGAACUGCUACUGACGAUAAACCGGGAGCAAAGCUGUUCUGGAGGAGAAUGACCGAGAUGGGACGACAGCGAAGCGGCAGUGAGGACAGAAGAAAAGCAAAGAAGAGGAAACACUCCAGCAGCAAGAACCGAUCUGAGAAGAGUCUGAGAACACACCUGAGAACACACCUGAACAUCUACCUCCACUGGUGCCUGCUGUUUUUCCUGCCGUCUGUCCUGCCUGGUGCUGAUUCUUUACCUGUGGUGGGAGAGAUAGGAGGCAGUAUCACUCUGAAGUGUAAUUCUGACAACACACAGGACCCCAUCCUGACAUUUGGGACCAGAAUUGCUUAUGGUGUCAAUCAGGAUGAACACUUCAGGGACCGUGUGCACAAGACUGACACCUGUGACCUCAUCCUGCAAGACUUGAAGACCACUGAUGCUGGAAAAUACCUUUUAACUCUUUAUGUCGAGGGUGAACCGCUAUGCAGCUACAGUUAUGAGGUCCGUGUUGAUGUUAAUUUAACAGCACUGAUAGGUGAAGAAGUGAUGCUUGCUGAUCUGCCGGGUGAUGCUGAGAGCGUCGAGCAUUUAACAAACACCGGCUCGACAGAAGUCUGGAGGAGAAGGAUGGGUGUCCUGACUGAUCGCCUGAUGGACAAGGAUGGUCACCUGAUCAUUAGGAGCUACACUUUAAGAGACGCUGGAACAUACAGAGUCCUGAACUCAACAGGAGGAGUCCUGGUCACUGUGACCCUCACCGAAUCAAAGUAUGAACAGGACAGCACACGUGAUGAUAACACUAAAGGCACUGAGCGACAUCAUGUUUGGGUUUGGAUGAUGGCUCUGGUGGCUGUGAUUGCGUUUACUGGCUUCAUGAUCUAUCGAUGUCUGAACCGGAACAAGGCACAAGGAGUCCUAAUGAAAGAAAUUGUACAGCUUCCCAUCUGAGCCAAACAUCUCCCGUGUGUGUGUGUGUGUGUGUGUGUGUGUGAGGAAUCGCAGGAGCGGAGUCCUGUGUGGGUUUUAUUCAUUCAAAGACUUUGAGGGCCACUGCUUAACUGAUUCAGUUUAUAAAACGAAUGCCACCUUAUUGGGAAAAUACAGCCCUCCCUCACAACUUUUUGAUUAUUCCCUUCAUUUUAUUCAGAUUUGAACCUGGGUCAACUGCAUCAAAUUGUGAACAACACAUGGUUUUUUUUUAAUCUGCACCACAUAAGUGAAAGUGAAGUGAAAGUGACAUUCAGCCAAGUACAGUGACCCAUACUCAGAAUUUGAGCUCUGCAUUUAACCCAUCCAAAGUGCACACACACACACACUGUGAACACACACACGGAGCAGUGUUCAUCAUUUAUGCUGCGGUGCCCGGGGAGCAGUUGGGGGUUCAAUGCCUUGCUCAAGGACACCUAAGUCGUGGCAUUGAAGGUGGAGAGAGAACUGAAAGCUUACAGAGGUCAUAUGAGAACAUACAUAAAAGUACAUACUUUUGGGUGUGUAGCAAAAGAGUAUGCACGUUGUGGGACAUACUUCGCCUAGUUACGCACACCACAACUGUUAACGUUUCAUUCAUUCUUUAUGUCCAAUAAAAUUUUACUAUGUGUGCUUCUACCAAGUUGAGGAGUGAAGAAGCAGGGCGGCGGCGUCGUAGAACCAAACGCAGGUCGUUUGUGAGGCGGCUGGUUCUGACGUUCAUGUGCAAUGUGUGUAACGAAAUAAAAGAUAACUUUAAUUAGGGUUAAAAAUUUGAAUUCUUACACUUAAAAGCUGAGAGCGCUUCUCCGCUGCUGCUAAAGCUGCCAUGUUUACAUCACUGCAAAGCUCCUCCCUCCCGCACGCAAUGGGUUGUGGGCAAUAUUAGCACUUAGACCGGAAAUAGUAGACCAUCCGGGUAUCUUUGGAACACUCUUUUCAACAUACUAUGAUUUGGGACGUACUAAUUCUAGUUUCGCAUACUAUUUAGGACGGAUAGUAUGCGAAUUGGGACUCCGCAAUAGUUUUUAAUGUUACCAGCCAGUUCCAGAAAGUUUGGUUUCUUUUUUUUUUAAUUUUGACUUGUGCAAAUAAAAUUUGGAUAAAAUAAUUAAAUGUAUCACACAAUACUCUGAACAUAGACUUUUGUCAUUUUGAGUAAAACCAAACUAAACAUUUUCCCACCGUAGUGCAAAUUGAGGGUAAAUAUGGAGAACAAAAAUGCAAAUUUCUUUUUUUUUUUUCAGGUAAUAGUUAAUGUUGUUGGAGAUAUGCCUCUUAGACAUAAAACCUGAUUGCGUUCCAUCAAUUAUAGAAUCUAAUCCUUUUUUUAUUGUUUUAUUAUUUUUUUAAAUAAUAUAUUGCAGAUAUGUUCACUGAAUAUAAACCUAACAGAGCACUCUGUUAGAAAUACCAAGGGUUCACACAAAACAAGGGAAAUCUGCUUUUAGUUUUUAUGCCGCUCGCAGUUGGAAUCAGCUUCCAGAAGAGAUCAGAUGAGCUAAAACACUAGUCACAUUUAAAUCUAGACUUAAAACUCAUCUGUUUAGCUGUGCAUUUAUUGAAUGAGCACUGUGCAAUGUCCAAACUGAUUGCACUAUAUUUCCACUGUUUUUUAUGUAAAAUCAUUUUCUAACUGUUUUUAAAUGUUUUGAUCAUUUUAAAAGUUUUAAAAUUGCUUGUUUUAUUCUUGUUAUUAUUUUUUUCAUGAUUAUUUUACUUUCUUUUAUGUAAAGCACUUUGAAUUACCAUUGUGUACGAAAUGUGCUAUA